AUGGCUUCGUCUGACACUACAAUCCCCCAUCUCCGCUCCAUUGAAAAAGGAAAACAGCUGGUCGUGCAUGGCAAACCAUCCCUGGUCUUGUCUGGACAGCUCCAAAAUUCCUCCCUCACUGCGUCCGAAUACCUGAAUACCGUGUGGCAAAAGCUAGUCGGCUCACAUGUCAACACGGUGCUAGAAUGUGUGACCUGGGAGGAAAUCGAGCCAAUCGAAGGCCAGUUCUCUUUUGCCAAACUCGAAGAGGCCAUCUUGGAAGCUCGCAAGGAUGGCCUCCAUCUUGUAUUGCUCUGGUGUGGCUCCUUCAAGAAUGGUAUCUCGGACGCUACUCCAUCAUGGAUCCAGAAAGAUCCCAAGCGCUUUCCACACGCCAAGUUGCGCGAGGUCGGGGGUGCCCUGAUUGCCUCGGAUGCCCUCUCGCUUUUCCAUGGAAAAGCACCUGCUUGCGACGCGAGAGCCUUCGCUCAUCUCAUGCGACACUUGAAGAAGGCAGAGAACGAGCCUGGACUGCUCGGAGAUUCCCGCGAUAGGUCGGAUGCCGCCGAGGAGAGAUUCGCUCAACCAGUUCCAGAAGCCCUUCUGCCAUUUCUGACCAGCGACUGGGACCAGCUCAAUGUGGACAUCCAGCGCAACCUGGGCCACUUCAAGUCCCAGCUCCAGCCCCAGCCCCGCGGAUCCGCCGGCAAGAAGGAGUAUCCACUCCCAUUGUACACCAACGUCCGACUGAACUACGUUGGGAAGAGCGGGGAUUCUGAGUCUGGCUCCGUGGCUGGCGGCUGA